AUGGGGGCCCCGCGGCGCCGCCGGCACCGCCCGCCCACGGCACGGGGGCGGGGAAGGGGAGGGGAUGACCCGGCCCAGACAGCCCCAAACGGGACUACAACUCCCAGCGUGCCUUGCGCGCCUCUUCCCUGCCCCACUCUCCACCCCGCUGGAGAGUCCAGCCCGCGUUUUUCCCGCCUUCUGAUUGGUCGCCGCCGGGCGCCGGCUGUGUGCCGAUUGGCCGCCCGCCACGUGCGGCUGGUGUUGCUCGGCGCGGGCGGCGGAGGCGCGGAGGCGGCGGGGGCGGGGCGCGUAAAUGUUGCAUUGCAGCUUUCAACAGGCACAGCUGGAGACUGUAGGAAGACACAUGCCAAAGUGAGUCUCAAUCCCCUGAGACACCUGCAAGAGGUAGAACACUGCAUGGCAAAGCAGCACUUGCCACAGGCACACCACUGGGUUCCUCUGGCAAGACUCUUCAGCAGCUUGCGGGGAAGAGUUUUAUCCCAGUCAGACAGCUGUGCCUCAAAGUAUCAGGUUUUGCGUAAGGCUAAGACAUCUAUCCAGAAGCUGGAGCAAACCUUGUGUUCUUUGCUGAAGAUGAAAGCGAGCUGCAGUCUGGAGGAUGGGAGCCCAUCCAGCUUGGAGGAAGUCAGGGAGGAAUAUGUCAGGAGGCAAUUUGGCAGUCAGAGCACUACAUCAGCCUCAGAAGAUAUGAGUGAAAGUGACUCUGCCAUCUGGUAUUUGCUUCAAGAAUGUGAAAAACAAACACUGGAAGAAUACGAGAAGCCAGAAUUGAUCCAGUUUUCAGACACUUUUUCCCCAGAUCUAGUGGAAUUUGAACGAUACCUGUAUUUUUAUAAGCACACAGUGGACCUGCUGGUAGAGCAUGGAAUUGUUUGCACUGGAGAGGUGCCUCUUCCUGAGGUCUCCACAGCUAUUUCCCAUCUCUGGCAAGAGCUUUCUGAAGAGAGCAGGGACAGCAUCUUACAGUACUGUAGCCAGAGAGAUUUCCUCAUGGAUCCCAAGGCUGCUUGCCCAGAGCCUGCUUGCACUGAAGGUAGUGUGAGGGACAGCGGAGGUAACAGUGAGGAAGCCAGUGGUUCCUCAGUCUCCACACCAGAGGAAGUGAUGUUUGAAGAUGCAUUUGAUGUUGCUGCUGGUUUCCUUGACAGAAGCAAGGCUCAGGGAUUGUCCAGCCAGAGUUCAGCAUUUGCAAGCUGCACUUCUGAAAAUCCAGAGGAUCACCAGAGACUCUAUCUGCAGGUCACUGACUUCCUAAAACACCUCUUCUUCACUAAUACACAGUUUUGCCAGGAAGAAGAUGUUCACUAUGAUCAUGAGACCGUGAUGCUGCGGUGCACGGAGACCUUCGAUGAUGAAGAUUUCUAA